AUGUCUACUGCUUUUCAGACAACGCCGAACCAGUCCAUACCAGUAUCCGCUACCACGUCGCCAUCCAAUCGCCAGUAUUCGUCGUUCCACUCCGACCCGACAACGCGAGAAGCCCCCGGCUCCGGCUAUUAUGCAAACCAGCACAACGCCGGACAAUCGUCGUCGCACACAUCAUCGCAACAACACUCCCAAAGACCUAUCCCCUACGACCAACCGACCGGCUUUGAGCCUCACAUGAGCUCCCGCACCGCCAUUGCCCAGUCCUCCGUCCCGGUUCCCGUGACCUCCAUUGCUUCCGACCAACCUCCGUCGUCUUCGGACAGAAGGCGAAAUAAUAUGCCUACCGCCGUCCCUCCUCGAACAUCGUCUCGUCAUGAUCCCAACACCAGCUCUCGACGCGCCCAACAGUCGGCCGAUCGCGCCGCCGCAGCUCGCCAAUCAAAUGCCAAUGGCACCAUGGACCCAGCGGCCGCAGACGAGGCUGCCGCUCGGAGCCGUCGACAACAUCAAAUGGCACAGGACGCGAACCACAGGACGAGCAAUUCUCGAGGGAAUCCCAUGACGACACAACUACCCGUCCGCUCACAGUCUAAUACCACCAGCUCGAGACAGCAGUCGUCCAGAGAAGCCAGCGAGAUGCUCAAUAACAUACUAAUUCAACAGCCCGAAAUAGAUAUAGAGCGGGAACGGGAGCGAUUGGCCCAAGCACAAGCACAAGCUCAUGCGCAGGCACAGGCACAGGCACAGGCACAGGCACAGGCACAGGCACAGGCACAACAGGCGAGCAACUACAACCACCAUCACCGCCAAGAGGCUGCGUCUCAGGCUGUGGCAGCCCCUGGAGGCGAUCAUGGAGAGGAAAGUCGGCGCGGUCAUAGAAGCCGGCACGACCAUUCCAAGCGAGAAAAGCACACCAAAUUCGGCGAAUACAUUCUCGGCAAUACGAUUGGUGAGGGUGAAUUCGGCAAGGUCAAGCUUGGGUGGAAGCAGGAAGGCGGCGUACAGGUCGCUAUCAAACUUAUCAAAAAGGACACAGUAGGAAACAAUCCAUCUCGCAUGGCAAAAAUCAUGCGGGAGGUUGCUAUUUUGAAGCAACUGACUCAUCCAAACAUUGUUCGGUUACACAAGAUGGAGGAAUCCGACAGGCAUUAUGGCAUCGUGCUCGAGUAUGCAUCGGGGGGCGAGCUGUUUGACUACAUCCUCAAUCACCGAUAUUUGAAGGACAAUGCCGCCCGGCGACUGUUUGCUCAGCUCGUGUCUGGCGUAGGGUAUCUGCAUAAGAAGGGUAUCGUGCAUCGUGAUCUGAAGCUGGAGAAUUUGCUCCUAGAUCGAAACCGCAACAUCAUCAUCACGGAUUUUGGGUUUGCCAAUACCUUCGACCCCCACCAAGAGCUUUCGGAGGAGGAAGAGCUAAACCUGUCGGAUCGCGAGUUUGUCAAGCGCAUGGGCCUCGAUAAGGUCAAUGACGCUGGUUGGCGAAAAGGGGAUCUUAUGCAGACUAGCUGUGGCAGUCCGUGCUACGCAGCUCCAGAAUUGGUAGUUAGUGACUCCCUCUACACCGGAAGGAAAGUAGAUGUCUGGAGCUGCGGAGUCAUCCUGUACGCCAUGCUUGCUGGUUAUCUUCCUUUCGACGACGAUCCGGCGAAUCCCGAAGGCGACAACAUCAAUCUCUUAUACAAGUACAUCGUCAACACACCCCUCACGUUCCCCGAAUAUGUCACGCCACAUGCCCGGGAUUUGCUGCGGAGGAUAUUGGUACCUAAUCCACGAAAGCGAGCGGAUCUGUUCGAGGUAGCCCGUCACAGUUGGUUGAGCGAAUACUCGCAUGUUGUCGAGUUCAUCACGUCCUCCACCACCACACCUAGCGAGAUCCAGAACACGACAGUACCUGCCGAGGACGAGGGCGAGCCUCCUCACCUUGCUCGUAGCGCUUCAGUACGUGAGGCAACGAAGAAGUCGACUGCCUCGCCGGCCAUUGGCGGCUUGGUUAACAAGCAAGGCACCGUGGACCCCGAGGCUGAGGCUGCUCACGCUAAACAGCAGCGCGAUAACAAGCGGCGGACGGUACAGGUCGAAUAUGUUGCCCCGAACACGACAACUCAAAGAGGUGAUGCUGCGGGACAACAACAACAACCUUCCAGCAACGCCAAUAGAAACCGGUCCGAACCUCAAGCACCUGUGGAAUCCUCAAGCAGUCGCCCAACCACGUCGGCCAAGGACAAGCAGCUUCCACAAGGUUCCUCCGCCCCCAAGGACGCCUACGGCAACAAGCCCCCAGUUUCCUCAAGAAGACCGCCAAGUUCUCAGCAGAAUGCCGGAAAUACUCCCACUGCCGGUAACGCAGUGGCUCCUCCUAGGCCGAGCCGCGACGGCCGUCUUACCACCGAAAACCAGUAUCUGUCAGGGGCAGCAGGUGCACCAACCCAGAGACCUACUACUGGCGGGUCCAUGCAGUCAGGAAGACCUUCAAUCCAGCAACCAUUCAAGGGAUCCAGCAGCGGUCACUUUGGUGUGCCUACAACCACCCCCGCAGAGCAGCAACCGAACCAAAGCGUGGAUUAUGGCAGGCCCAGCAUCAGCACGGGCUCUCGAUUCGACAAGGUCCGGGAAGAUGGCAUUGUCAAGGGGCACAAGAGGUCCAGCACUAUGGGUGAACUUGGUGGCAAGCUCUUUGGCCGGAGCGGUUCGUUGUUUGGAGGUAGGAAAUCCAAGCGACAACAGGAGCUUCAACAGGCUGGAGAGAAGACCAAGAGGUAUCCUCCUGUUAGCAUGAAUAACUCGAUGCCUGGCGGUGACAACGGCUCUCGGCCCUCGUUGGAUUCCAAGCGAUCUCGCCGGUCCUUCUCGAUGGGUAUGGGGAAAAAGUCCUCUGGAGGCAGCAUCACUGGCUCCAAUGGCUCUCAGGAGAAGUCUAAUAAGCGAUUCUCCUUCAUCCCCCCUUCACUAUCAAGGGCUCUGGGCUACAACAAAGAAGACGAACCUCCAGCUCUCGGUUCACAACAGGAGCUGCCGAUUCAGGAGCCCUCAUCCGUUGAUCAGUUUGUGGACCGGGAACAAAAUUACCAAUACGGACGACCGUCUGCUAGCCAAGGCUUUAUGCCCGGGACCAUGCCUGGAUCGGAUCCGUCUGUCAACAGCAUGCCUCGAGCACCUGGGUCGGCUCCUCAUCUACAAACCAUGAUUCAACAGGACGGAUUAUACGAUGCUCGCAAGGGUAACAACCGGGCGAAUCGUGGCGUUCUGCAAAAGAACAAGCGUUUCGUGGACUACGAAGGAGAGGGUUUUGCACGAACUCACGAUCACUCUGGCAGCAGCGGUCCUGCAAGAAAAGUUAUGGACUUCUUCAGGAGGCGCGGCAAGGCUCGGGGUGGUGAAAACAACUGA